AAGGCGGAGGCCCGGCGCCCUGGGCGGCGCCCGGCUCCCGAAGUCCGUCCUCCCGUUAGGUGGCAAGAGCCCGAGGGGAGGGGACAGCCGGACAGGCAGGAAGCUGCGGCUUAAAAGGGCAACCCGCGCAGGGCCCUUCCUCCCUCGUCGCGGGGACUCUUAGAAAGCGCGCCUGUUCCGCGCCCAUCUCGCACCUCGCCUUCGUCCGCCGCCAUGUACCGCUACCUGGGCGAAGCGCUGCUGCUGUCCCGGGGACAGCCCGCCGCCGCCCCGCAGCCGGGGCUCGCAUUGGCCGCCCGGCGCCACUACAGCGAGGCGGUGGCCGACCGUGAGGACGACCCCAACUUCUUCAAGAUGGUGGAGGGCUUCUUCGACCGCGGCGCCAGCAUUGUGGAGGACAAGCUGGUGGAGGACCUGAGGACCCGGGAGAGCGAGGAGCAGAAGCGGAACCGGGUGCGCGGCAUCCUGCGGAUCAUCAAGCCCUGCAACCAUGUGCUGAGCCUCUCCUUCCCCAUCCGGCGCGACGACGGCUCCUGGGAGGUCAUCGAAGGCUACCGGGCCCAGCACAGCCAACACCGCACGCCCUGCAAAGGAGGUAUCCGUUACAGCACUGAUGUGAGUGUAGAUGAAGUAAAAGCUUUGGCUUCUCUGAUGACAUACAAAUGUGCAGUGGUUGAUGUGCCGUUUGGGGGUGCUAAAGCUGGUGUUAAGAUCAAUCCCAAGAACUAUACUGAUAAUGAAUUGGAAAAGAUCACAAGGAGGUUCACCAUGGAGCUAGCAAAGAAGGGCUUUAUUGGUCCUGGCAUUGAUGUCCCUGCCCCAGACAUGAGCACAGGUGAGCGGGAGAUGUCCUGGAUCGCUGAUACCUAUGCCAGCACCAUAGGCCACUACGAUAUUAAUGCACAUGCCUGUGUUACUGGUAAACCCAUCAGUCAAGGGGGCAUCCACGGACGCAUUUCUGCUACCGGCCGUGGCGUCUUCCAUGGGAUUGAAAACUUCAUCAAUGAAGCUUCUUACAUGAGCAUUUUAGGAAUGACACCAGGAUUUGGAGAUAAAACAUUUGUUGUUCAGGGAUUUGGUAAUGUGGGCCUACACUCUAUGAGAUAUUUACAUCGUUUUGGUGCUAAAUGUAUUGCUGUUGGUGAGUCUGAUGGGAGUAUAUGGAAUCCAGAUGGUAUUGACCCAAAGGAACUGGAAGACUUCAAAUUGCAACAUGGGUCCAUUCUGGGCUUCCCCAAGGCAAAGCCCUAUGAAGGAAGCAUCUUGGAAGCUGACUGUGACAUACUGAUCCCAGCUGCCAGUGAGAAGCAGUUGACCAAAUCCAACGCACCCAGAGUCAAAGCCAAGAUUAUUGCUGAAGGUGCCAACGGGCCAACAACUCCAGAAGCUGAUAAGAUCUUCCUGGAGAGAAACAUUAUGGUUAUUCCAGAUCUCUACUUGAAUGCUGGAGGAGUGACAGUAUCAUACUUUGAGUGGCUGAAGAAUCUAAAUCAUGUCAGCUAUGGCCGUUUGACCUUUAAAUAUGAAAGGGAUUCUAACUACCACUUGCUCAUGUCUGUUCAAGAGAGUUUAGAAAGAAAAUUUGGAAAGCAUGGUGGAACUAUUCCCAUUGUACCCACAGCAGAGUUCCAAGACAGGAUAUCGGGUGCAUCUGAGAAAGACAUCGUGCACUCUGGCUUGGCAUACACAAUGGAGCGUUCUGCCAGGCAAAUUAUGCGCACAGCCAUGAAAUACAACCUGGGAUUGGACCUGAGAACAGCUGCCUAUGUCAAUGCCAUUGAGAAAGUCUUCAAAGUGUACAAUGAAGCUGGUGUGACCUUCACAUAGAUGGAUCGUGGCUGACUUCCUCACCACCCUCUUCACCUAUAACUUCUGCUGACCUAUCAUGAGUUUACAUGUAACCACAGAAAUCCCCUUCUCUCCUGACUCAUUAGAUAAUGGAUACCAUUCUCAACAAGUCAAUCCAAAUCAACCCCUUAAGGAGAAAGAAAUUAAGGUUAGGGGAUCAUGUACAAGCUGAGUGUGAAAGUAGAAGUCACCUACACCAGAGAGCCAUUUUGGUAUUUUGCCUUUAAACAAAAAGUCUUCUCCAUCUGGCUGUGCAGCCUUGCCCUGUGGCUUUUCCCAACACAAUCAGUGCUAUUGCUGGGGAAGGGACAGUCAAGAGCAGUCAGUUGCUUACUUAUGUUGCUCUGGACAAGUCUGGGACAUGCUGUAACUUUAACACUUAAGUAGGUGUGUGGCAUUUUCAGAAGGUGGCAUGGUCCUCAAGUGAGUUCUUAGUAUUUUAUAUCAGCAAAAUAACUCACUUUUACAGGUUGCAAACAAAUACAAAAGCUGUUUCUGCUUAUGAAUUUUAUUCUUUUAGAAUAAAAUAAGUACAUGCUGCUGUAAUAAAAUUGCCUUUAAUCACUUAACAAGCCUAACCUUGACUCAAACAGUGAAUGCCUAUAAUAAAUGGAAAAAACUAGUAUUUUUAUAUCAUGAAACAAUGUCAUUUAUAGCUUCUCAGUCAUGUAUUGUUGUCCAGCAAACAUUGAAAGCCCUGUGGAUAAUUAUCUUCAUACCUGCAAAGACGAUGGAGGCUAUUUUCGUUAAAACUGUCAGAAUUUGCUAACUAUAAUUAUGACAUGUAGGCCAAAGAAUGCAAUAACCUCCUUAUCAUGUUAACUAAUUGUUCUCUUUUGAAGAUCUAUUGUUGACUAAUUGAAUAAUAAUUCAAGUAGAAUGUCCCGGAAAAAAACCACUGGGCUCCCUGUUUGGAGUCUGGCUGGCUCUGAGCAUUGCCAAUGGCCCCUACUCACCUGACUUUAUGUCCUCUCCUUUUAGAGGCUGUGCAUUCUGCACCCAGCUUCACUCACAGUGGGCUGAAAACAACCUUGGGUUGAGUGUUUUGUUUGGGAGUUACUUGGUCAGGGCCUUUUGAACAGUAGUGUCCCAGUGAAGUGCUAGAUAAUAUAUGUGUAAGAAUGAGCUUUUUUUUUUUUUUUUAAACUAUAACACCCUUUCAAAAAUUUCUAACAACUUUGUAACUGCAUGGCUUUACCUGGUGAUAAAAGCAGUUAUUAAAAGUCUACAUUUUCCAAAACUUAA